AUGGGUAACUACGUUUCUUGUACGUUAGGUUCAAGCCCGUUAAUGAAGAGCAACAAGGCGGCCAGAGUGGUGCUCCCCGGCGGAGAAGUCAGGCAGUUUCGGCAAAUAAUAAAAGCUGCAGAGUUAAUGCUGGAGUGUCCGAAUUUUUUCCUUGUAAAUUCCAAGUCUCUUCACAUUGGAAGAAGAUUUUCUGCGCUCGGCGCCGACGAAGAGCUCGAGUUUGGAAACGUUUACAUUAUGUUUCCAAUGAAGAGAGUAAAUUCUGUGGUUUCUGCCACCGAUAUGGCGGCUUUCUUCAUGGCGGCGAACUCUGCCGCGAAGAGGAUAUCCGGUGGCGGAAAUAUUAGAGUUUCGCCGGAAUCUGGAAUUGAGAUGUCGUGUUCAUCGUCGCCGAGGUUGAGUUUGGAGGGCGUUGAGGAAGAGUUUUCGGAGUUUAAGUAUAGAUUAGUUGUGUGUAGGUCGAGGAAGCCACUGUUGGAAACGAUAAAGGAAGAGCCGAUUUAUUCAAGGUAA